UGCAGUGAAAUAUGAUCGGCGUUCGCUCGUAACGCACAGCAGUGAGCCAUAAUCCUGGCGCGGCGCACUUUUUUUCUUGGGUCAGGGAUGCUCCGCGCAGACAAAAGAAGGAGGUUUCCGUGCCGUGGGUGGUAAUUAUCAUCCAGCCUAGAGAACAGGAAAGUUGCAGCUUCAAACACACACACACGCACACACGCACAGACACACUGCCACAUCACAACACCGCCGUUACUGCACUCCAACAUGCAUUUAGGACUUUUGCUGCUGUUUCUUGCCUUGACGAAAAGUUGUUGGUGCGCCCCGCAGCAGACUUGUCACCCAGGAGACGAAGCUUUAGGGAAAUGCAGCAACAGCGUGUUGGAAGAAAAACCUACCUGCACAGAGCUGAACCUGGGCUAUUGUAAUGAUAUGGAAUACUCGAGUACCAUCUUCCCCAACAUCCUUGGCCACAAGAGUCGCAUGGAGGCAGAGUCGGGGGCAGAGUACCUCCUCCUCAGCGUCAUCCAUGGCCUGCUCAACGGGGAGUGCUCCCCUGAGAUACGUCUCCUCGGCUGCUCUGUGCUCGCCUCUCCCUGCCAGAAUGACAAGAUGAUCAAACCCUGCCGUAGCUCAUGCGAUGCACUGAGGAAGGACUGUGCCCACGCCUUUGAAGCCAUCGAAAUGGCCUGGCCCUACUUCCUAGACUGUGACCGCUUCUUUGCUGGCGACCAGGAGGGCUGCUUUGACCCACUGGCAGGGCUGAGAGCCAGACAGGAGCUAGCAUUGUCCAGCCUCUCUCCUGAAGAGCCCAGCACCAUCAUCCAGUUCACCUACACCACCAACGCCCAGAUGUACAGCUUACUGAAGAGAACAGCGGCAAAGUGCUCCCAUAUCUCUCAUGUCUACAGCAUCGGACGCAGCACAGAGGGCAGGGAUCUGCUGGUUAUUGAGUUCAGCAACAACCCAGGACAGCACGAGCUAUUGGAGCCAGAGGUCAAGAUGGUGGCCAACAUGCAUGGCAACGAGGUGCUGGGCCGCCAGCUGCUCAUCUACCUGGCUCAGUACCUGUGCUCAGAGUACAUUCUGGGGAACCACCGAAUUCAGACCAUCAUCAACACCACCCGCAUCCAUCUUCUGGCCUCCAUGAAUCCAGAUGGCUAUGAGCUGGCGGCCGCAGAGGUAGAGGAUAACAAUGACCCGGAGCUCAGCAACCAGGAAGGUCACUUGUUGAAUGGUUGGACCAGUGGACGGGCCAACGCCCAGAAUAUUGACCUCAACCGCAAUUUUCCGGACCUUACCUCCAUUUUCUAUCGGAACCGCCGCAGUAGGCACUACCGCAUUGACCACAUUCCUAUCCCUGAUGCCUACUGGUUUGGCAAGGUGGCACCAGAGACCUAUGCAGUGAUGAAGUGGAUCAGGUCACUGCCCUUCGUUCAAUCUGCCAGCCUUCAUGGAGGGGAUCUGGUGGUCUCUUAUCCCUUUGACUUCUCUAGACACCCGCAUGAGGAGAGGAUGUUCUCACCCACCCCAGAUGAACAGGCUCUGAAGCAGCUGGCUCGUACCUACGCAGACGCCCAUGAAACCAUGGCAAACAAUGACACAGACAGGUGUGGAGCCUCCUUUUACCGAACGAGGGGCAUCAUCAAUGGUGCACUGUGGUACAGUUUUGCUGGCGGUAUGUCAGACUUCAACUACCUGCAUACCAAUUGUCUGGAAAUCACCGUGGAGCUCGGCUGUGACAAAUUCCCCUCUGAGGCUGAGCUCUACCCAGAAUGGAAGAGGAAUAAGGAAGCUCUGCUUAGUUUUCUGGAGUCUGUCCAUCGAGGGAUAAAGGGAGUCGUUAAGGAUCGUGAUGGAAAUGGCAUAAAAGGUGCAACUAUCUCUGUCAGGGGGAUUAGGAAAGAUGUCACCACAGCUGAAGAUGGAGACUACUGGCGGCUGCUGAACCCUGGUACUCACAUCCUGACAGCCACAGCCAAGGGUUACUCCAGGGUCAGUAAGAGGGUUUAUCUGCCUCACAGUAUGACCAAGGCUGGACGUGUCGACUUUCUCCUGGAGAAGGUUCCCAGAGAGCCAGAUAUCGAUGACCACCUCUUCCCCACAGUUGACUCAUGGGAUCGAUUCGACCCCUACAACCAGUUUGAGCGCUACAGCGAGCCAGACAUAGGUGAGGGUGGUAUAGAGCGUGAGGAGAAACCAUGGUGGUGGAACUACUUCUCCCAGUCUGGCAUCACACCUCCACACUGGCUCCUGCGAACUGUCUAGAUGCAUCACAGCACAAUGAAGAUCCUGGAAUACCACAGCGAGACUGGUGAUGGACGGUCCUUCAUCCAGUCCUACUGGUGCUCUUAGAGGUGUCUGUGUAGCAGGAACCUAUCUACACAGGUUUCAGUGCUUCCUGGAAGGAUGUGAAUAGGCUUUUUUCCCACCAGGCAACAAAUUAAAUUCUGGCCUGUCAGCGGAGUUUUGGCCAAUAUUGCUUUGCAGCUGCAUUUAAUUUGUUUUAAGUAUAAAUUGAACCACUGGGGAAAUAAAGGAUUUAUGGAUGCCUCAAUUGUCAAACUGUUAAAGAUGUUCACAGUCAAAAAUAAUUGUAUGCACUUAUUUGAGUAUUGUGAUUGCACAUUACAAUUUCAUAUGUGACGGCAGCUGCAAAAAAUGUCUCUGUGUGCACAUUUCUAAAAAAUUUUAAGUGGGUACAAAUUUCACUCAGAUAUGACUGUUCUUUGUUAUUAUAUGCAACAGGUGAAUUUCUUGUAUGUUGCAGCCACAUUUUUAUACAUUAUACAAGGCAUAAGUGCUACAGCCAGAAUUUUCUGGGCCUGUAACAGCACUUAAUAUGGAGCAUUACAUUUGAGCUUGGAUUAGCAGCAAUACUGUGCCAAUUGUGAACAGUGGAAAUUCUUGCUUUGUUUUUCACAAGCAUUUUUCCAAGCAUAUUAUAUAAAUAUUAAAUAUUUGUGGCAUAUCGUC